GCGGAGCCGGCGGCCGGGACCGGGCGAGCGGCGCUAUGUUGAGCGCGGCGGCCCCGGGAGCCGGUGCAGCGUCCGCCGCGGGCCCCUCCGCACCCGCCGCCCGCGAGCCCCCACGCCGACGGACCGCACCGCGCGGGACCGGACCGGAGCCCCCCGGGCCCCCGCCCGCAAGGGCGUCGGAAGGAAUCGGAGGCGGGCGGGCCGGGCCCGGGGCCCGGCGGCCGGAGGGGUCGGCGUCCCGGGCGAGGCCGGCGUGCGGGUCCGUGGCCUGAGGCCGGGCGUCCGCGCGUGGGCCGUCCCCGAGCCAUGUCCGUCCGCUGAGGAGGAGCGGGGGCGACGAUGAACGCGGAUCCGAGGGCCAACUCCAGCUGGCGGCCCGGGGCCGGGCCGGAGAACGCGUCGGCCGCGGCCUCGGCCCAGAGCCCGGUGGUGGAGGCGGGGCCCGGGCCGGCCGUCAACCCCUGGGACGUGGUCCUCUGCACGUCGGGCACCCUCAUCUCCUGCGAGAACGCCGUGGUGGUCCUGGUCAUCUGCCACAACCCGGGGCUGCGGGCCCCCAUGUUCCUGCUCAUAGGCAGCCUGGCCCUGGCCGACCUCCUGGCCGGCCUGGGCCUGGUGGGCCACUUCGCCUCCGCUUACCUGCUGCGCUCGGAGGCCACCACCUUGGUCACCGUGGGCCUCAUCGUCGCCUCGUUCUCCGCCUCCGUCUGCAGCCUGCUGGCCAUCACCGUCGACCGUUACCUCUCCCUCUACUACGCCCUGACCUACAACUCGGAGCGGACGGUGACCUUCACCUACGCGAUGCUGGUGCUGCUGUGGGGGGCCUCCGUCGGGCUGGGCCUGCUGCCGGUCCUGGGCUGGAACUGCCUCCGGGACGAGUCCACCUGCAGCGUCAUCCGGCCGCUGACCAAGAACCACGCGGCCGUGCUGUCCGUGUCCUUCCUCCUCCUCUUCGCGCUCAUGCUCCAGCUCUACAUCCAGAUCUGUAAGAUCGUCGUGCGCCACGCCCACCAGAUCGCCGUGCAGCACCACUUCUUGGCCACCUCCCACUAUGUGACCACGCGCAAGGGCGUGUCCACCCUGGCCAUCAUCCUGGGCACCUUCGCCGCCUGCUGGAUGCCCUUCACCCUCUACUCGCUCGUCGCCGACUCCACCUACCCCUCCAUGUACACCUACGCCACCCUCCUGCCGGCCACCUACAACUCCGUCAUCAACCCCGUCAUCUACGCCUUUCGGAACCAGGAGAUCCAGAAGGCCCUGUGGCUGGCCUGCUGCGGCUGCGUCCCCGCCGGACUGGCCCAGAGGGCCCGCUCGCCCAGCGACGUCUGACCCGCCCCCACCUCCCCCCCGGCCGGUCCCCCCGGACCUGCCGGGAGCCCUCCCCCACGCCCCCCGGGCCCCCUGCGAGCUCGCACCUGGCCGGUCCCCCUGGGCUAGCUGCGAGCCCCCCUGGGCCAGCUGCGGGCUCGCCCCUGGCCAGCCUCCCUGGGCCAGCCCAGCCCCCCUGGGCCGGCUGCGGGGUCGCUCCUGGCCAAUCCCCCCCUGGGGCAGCCGCGAGCCUCCCCGGGGCAGCUAUGAGGCCCCUGGGCCGGCUGCAGGCUCGCUCCUGGCCAGUCCCCCCGGGCCAGCGGCGGGGGAGCUCGGGUCCCCGGCGCGGGAGUGGGAGCGGCCUCGCUCCUCCAGAGGCCUGGGAGCGGCCAACGGAGGGCCGAUGCCCCAAGCAGCGCCGAUCCCGGUGGGAAUUCCACGUUUUUAUGUCGUGGACUUUGGCUCAGGAUUCCCUGUCGUCGUCCGUCCUCCCACCUUCCCCCCCUUUCCCCCUCUGCAGAGGGCAGAGGGGUCGUGGUACAACCCGACCCCCGGUGUCGUUCCCGAUUUAACCUUAUUAGGCGAGGGAAAGAAACAAAAAAAGAGGAGUCCAGAAGGUGACAGCCCUUUCCGGAUUUGUUGACGUGGUUAAAAUAAAUCAGCGGUCCCGCAUGUCUUCUCUCGCUGUCUCAGAAACUGACCCCGCAAACUAGCGAAAGUACGGAAGAAGAGGAUGUCUGAACGUGACCUGAUUUUUGUCAACGUGACCCAAUUAUAAGACACCCGAUUAAAUUUCAAAAUCCUGGCCCAAUUUGUAUUCCCUCCUCUGCUAUUUUAAGAAUUUCUAAGAAUUUUCAACUACCGUGGCUCACGAGUACUUCUGAGCAGGUUUCCGUUGUUGUUCGUCUUGAAUGACCUGAACUGUUAUCUUUUCAAACGUGACCCAUUUCGGCAAGGCCAGGACCUGGGCCAAAAGAGUGGUGCCGUUUCUCUUUUUCCCAGAUCAGCCCCAAGGUGAUUUGGGAGGAUUUUACUCAUUGGGGAGAUUCGGCAAUCUCAAACCCUCAGGCCAAAGUCCCGUGUCUUUCCACGGCUACUAAAUGGAAUAUUUAACGAAUUUACCUUCCAAAUUGUAGAUAGAUGUUAAAUUCAUUUUUUUUUAAAGCGUACCCUUGUAGAUGUUGGUACGUGCUCUCCGCCCCCAUCCCUUUUCUCGUAGGCAUGUAAAGAACGCACCGGCGACCGGCGCCAUCUAAAAAAGAAAUUUCGAUUUUAUAUUUGAGCAUUUGUAGUUUGGGAUUCUGUACAGCGAGACACAUUUAAAACGUGUCCUCUGCUAUUUUCAUGAUUCCAUCUGUGAGUGCAUCUAUAUCAGGUUAGGAUACACAGCAUAUACCAUGUGGCGUUCCCCUAUUAAAAGACCACAUUCACGAAGGUU